CUGACAAGCAACACUUCCCACCAAGCAUCACUACUGGAAUAGUUCCGCGAUUGACCAGAGUAUAGAUCAGGCACGGGCAAACUUCAGCCCUACAGGCUGUUAGGAAUUGUAGGAGUUGAAGUCCAAAACACCUGAAGGGCCGAAGUUUGCCCAUGGUUCUAUUGAAGAUUUGGCUAACUUUGGUUGUUGUGGAAGACAUUUUGUGAUCGGUUCAAACGUUAUUUCUCCAGAUUGACACCUUUGGCUAAAAGUUGUCUAUAGCUUUGUUCUGUAUAUGUGCAACAAUCUUAGUGUACUGUGUCAAAGAAGAACAAUCUGUCCCUGCCAUCUAAAAGAACCAGAAUCGGAAGAACAGGUUUUUACAGGACCCUUUAACCAACCAGAGACCAUUGAUGAUAAACUUCUUUCUAAAAAAUACGAGAGGAGAAAAGGAUAGUGGACUGUGAGGAUCCCACGAAAGCUGAAACAAACAGUAUGACACCUAGCAAUGGAAACUAUGGAAAUGGACCAAAGAUGACAGAAAAGGUGGCACAGAGCAAUGGAAAUGCCGCAAAUGGACCAAAGACUGCAGAUCAGGUGGAACAGGGCAAUGGAGACUCUGAAAAUCGACCACAGCCUCUAGAACAAAUGGGAUUGCUGGAUCAAAACAUGAAGAAAGCAACUGAUGGAGGAUGGAAAGCCAAAUGGAGCAAGACCUGGUUUAAGGCUGUGAUUUUUUCAGUCAUACUUGUUACUAGCAAUGUUGUUACUGCCUUCAUUAGUGUAACCAUGACCAAAUCAUCUGUCCCACACCCAGUAAUAAUGGUCCUCUCCUGUCCUUCAGGAUGGGUUGGAUAUGAAGGCAAAUGCUACUACUUUUCUGAAUCAGAAACAAACUGGAACUUGAGCCAGAGCAAUUGCUCUGCAUCUGGUGCUUCCCUGGUUACAAUUGAAAAUCAAAAGGAGAUGGACUUCAUAAUGCAAGCUAAGGGACCAACUGAGUAUUGGAUUGGCUUGAAGAGAAAGAAAGGGCAGCACUGGGAAUGGGUAAAUGGAACUCUCUUCAAUGACUGGCUCGACAUUGGAGCUGAUGGACCCUGUGCUUACCUGAAUGAUGAGAAGGCCAGUUCAACAUUAUGCGGGACAAGACGAAAUUGGAUAUGUGGCAUGUCUGCUCGCACAGCCUAAGCAAAGUUUGAAAGCUUCCCAACACAAAUGAUUUGAUAAUUGUAUGCUGUACAUGGGUUAUCUGUUUAUUCAAAAGGUCCAGACCAGAACUGGGGAGCAACAGGUUAUCGGCUACAUUUGGAUGACCACAAGUUGCCCACUUUGCUUGGUUCAGCUGCUGGAUUUGUCCGUGGAGAAAAAUCAAACACAAUGGAAUCCUCACUGCCAGUCUUACCCAUUGAAUAUUUCAAUUUGCAAUUCAAUGGUUAUCCCAUUAGAAUAUUCUAAUGGGCAGACAAACUAUUUCCACACCCCAGUGCAACUCCCAGCAUUUCUUGGCACUGCCACCAGCUAAGACUGAUGGGGAGUAUAGUUCAACAGUUUCUAAUAGGCCUCUCUUGCACCAAAAAUGUAGCCUUGUGACUUUAGUAUCCCAGAGGGAGUACUCGAGGACUCCCUCUGGGAUACUAAAGGACUCAACGCUGACACUUGACGCUCAGGUGUUGGCGGUGGCUGGGAGGGCCUUUGCACAAUUAAAACUUGUGCGCCAGCUGCGACCGUACCUCGAGAAGUCGGAUCUGGCCAUGGUGGUCCAUGCCUUAGUUACCUCCAGACUGGAUUAUUGCAAUGCGCUCUACGUGGGGCUGCCCUUGAAGACGGCCCGGAAAUUGCAACUAGUCCAGCGUUCGGCAGCCAGGCUUCUAACUGGAGCAAAUUGCAGGGCGUGUUCAACGCCACUGUUAAAGGAGCUCCAUUGGCUGCCGUUUAUUUUCCAAGCCCAAUUCACCUACAAAGCCCUGAACCGUUUGGGAUCCACCUACCUUCGUGACCGCAUUUCCCCCUAUGAACCUGCAUGGUCUCUUCGCUCGUCGGGGGAGGCCCUCCUCUUGCUCCCACCACCCUCGCAGUCGCGGUUGGUGGGGACGAGGGAGAGGGCCUUCUCCAUUGUGGCCCCUCGGCUCUGGGACUCUCUCCCCAGGGAGAUCAGGCAGGCCCCAACACUCCUUACUUUUCGGAAGAGCCUGAAAACCUGGCUCUUCCAACAGGCCUUUGGCGAUUGACUUCCAUAGCAAAGGAUUGACUAGUUGCCCAUUUUUAUUUUUACCGCACUUUAUUCUUUUAGCCGGCCAUAGUCUCCUUUGUUUAUGCCUUCCCCAGCACUUUAAUGGGAUUGUGGUUUUGUAUCGUCCUCCCCCCGACUGCAUGUGAUACUACUAGCACUCUUAUGGCCCAGUUCUUUUUAGGAGCCAACCCAGGAUUUUAUCAAGCAUGUUUGUUUUAUAUGAUUUUAUUUGUUUUAUGACUUGCUUUAUUGUUGAUUGAUUUGUUUUUAUUGUUGUGUUUUACAUUGUCUGUUUUGCCUGGGCUUGGCCCCAUGUAAGCUGCCCCGAGUCCCCUUGGGGAGAUGGGGUGGGGUACAAAAAUAAUAAUAAUAAUAAUUAUUAUUAUUAUUAUUAUUUCUCUGUCUGUUGAGCCAUAACUGUUUGAAAAAUGAAUUUCCUCUGUUUGUUUCCCAGUUGGCAACUGCUGGGUAUCUCUGUGGAAGAGAAUCUCAUGCAACAAGAAAAGUAUGAGGUAACCUUAUAUUAAGGGUGCCCUCACCAAACCCCCACAGGAUAUUUGGUACUGUAUCCACAUGAUCUAAUGUGCCAUAAAAUCUAAUGUGCACUUCAGUUUUCAAAACCCUGAAAUCAAAAAAAGUAUUUGCUGCCAAAUGUAAUGCACAGUGGUAAAAAGUGAGCUCUUUGUAAUUUGGCCUCAAAAGAUGUGCAUUACAGUUGCACAAGAUUCCUUCUUUAAGAACAAAAGUGUUAAAGCACCACAGCUUUCCUCAAUAGAAAAGAAAACCUGAGGAUGUAUCUAUGUUGUGGAUGCCUUGAUUCAAUUAAUUGCCAUGGUUCAAUGCUAUAGAGUCAUGGGAGCUGUAGUAUGAUAGGAUAAUGAGUCGUCCCUGCCAAAGAAUGCAAGUACCUUAUUUAGCAGUGGCAAUAAAAUUAGCCAUUGCAUCCCUCCAAUAGGAGCUCCAGGUACAGCUCCUGAAGCAGCUUCCCCUUUGGCUUUGGCUCAGCACUAAGAUUACGGUAUGACUCAAAUCUAAUGCACACCUUAAUUUUGGUAAAAUAAUUCAGCCAAAAAAGGUGAGAAUUAGAUUCAAGUAAAUAAGGCAGUUUGUUUUUUCUUUUCAGUUGUUUACCUGUUGCUACGGAUCCUAGACAGGGUGGGCAACUUGUGGGUCUUCAGAUGUUGUUAGACUGCCCCUCCUGUCAACUGUCACCUUGGCUUUGCUGGCAAGGGCUACUGAAAAUACAGUCCAACACUUAAACGUCAGAAGUUAUCCACUCUAAAUCUGGAAAUUAUGGACUCCAACCUGUGAUUUGUACUGUGUGUUCCAGCAACAAUGGCAAGGAAUACGGAAAGUUGUAGUCCAGCAAUACUUGGGAGGGUACAUGAUUCCCAUCCCGUGGGCAGGCUUUGAGUCUGAGUUCAGCAAGAUUUCUAUUAACGUUUUUGUUUUGCUUUCUUUAUUUGGCAAAAAAAUGGUUCCUAGUCCUCUCACUCAGAGUAGGUCAAGAAUCCAGUUGUAACAGAAUCUGGGAUGAAGAACUGCCCAAAACAGAACUUUUAGGUGGCAUUUUUAUGCAUGUUACUUUCUUUGCCAUUUAAGUAAUUUAGCAUGCAUGUCUUUGCAGUAAUAACCUGUCAGAGCAUUUGGUUUACUUGCUAGAUCUGGGAAAGAUGUACAUAAUCUUAGCAAUAAUCUUCAGGGUGCUGGUGCAAUGUAUGGACUUUUUAAAUCCAGGAAUUUGUUGUUAUGUGCCAUCAAGUAAUUCCUGACUAAGGAGAUUUUUUUUCGCCCUUCCUCAUUAUAAGCUUCCCAUAGAUAACAUACAGGCCAAUCUGUGAGCUAAAGCUUAGUGUAGACAAAGUAUACAGUCUGAUCCAAGAGGACAGAUAAGUUCUAAAUGACAAAAAAUAAAGAGAAGGCAAGUUGAUUUUUUUUUUUUGUAAAACCUAGAGAUAAGUGGGAAGGGGGAGCCAGACCACCAGUGUUGUGGUUUGCAAUUAACAAAGGUGAACAAGAUGUAGUGACACAAACCACUUCUCUUAUCAUCCUAGAUAGUUUGUCCAUUUUUGCCAUUUCAACAAAUUAUACUAAUCAAUUUUCUCUUGAAAUACAUCUGUAUUCUUCCAUUUUGGAAGUAAAGUAUUCUUGCAAUUGGAACCAUAUAGUGUAUUAACAUGAGAUCCAUUUUUUAAAUCUGCAUAGUUGGUAAUCCCAGUAAAAAUAAAAUCAGGUCUUAGUUCACAUUUAUUUUUGAAAUCCCUUGUAUGAGGCCUUAGAAUAAUGUGCAAUACUUCUUCACUUUGUCACAUGUCCACAACAUAUGGCAGAAAGUACCUUGUUGUAUUUUGUACUCCCAGCACACAUUUUAAGUUUCUGUAUACAUCUUAGAUAAUAUAAUUGGCAUUAAGCACAUCAGUGAAGUAGCCCCAAAGUUUUCAUCUAAGAGAAGGAAGGUACAUAGAUUCUUAGAAGUUGAAGUUGUAUAUACCUCCAGCUCUUUUUGAACCACAGGCUCCUUUCAAGAUCAGGGUGAACAUGAUCUAAGCAUGUCCUGAGGCAGCCCAUAUUAUUAUCCAGUCCUCUGAAACUAUGGCAUUGAGCUUUUCUAUGUACAGGCAGUCCCCAAGUUACAAACAAGAUAUGUUCUGUAGGUUUGUUCUUAAGCUGAAUUUGUAUGUAAGUCAGAACAGGUAUGUUUUAAAAGUAACUCCAGCUAUAUAUGUGUGUGUGUGUGUGUAUGUAUGCUUUGGACAGCAACGGUGAGGGUUAACACCCUUGUCUGUGUCUCUGUUCUCACUUUCUAUUCCUGCGAGAAUUUGAAAAUUUGGCUUGUUGUGGAAAUAAGGAUCGGUGAAAAAGUUUCAGUGAAGACACCUUUUCCCCAUGAUAAUUCUUUCAGGAGUAAAUUUCCCUUCCUAGGCGUAGAUUUCUCUCACUUUCUAUGGUCCCACCCCUGUUCUUAAUUAUGAGUCAUUUGUAAGUCGCAUGUCUGUAACUCAGAGACUGCCUGUACUUACUUUAUUUUUAUCCUGCCUUUCUCCCAAUUUUGGGGACUCAAGGUGGCUAACCAAUUAAAUCCUUUGUAACAUUAAGCAUAAAAAUACUGAAGUACAUUAAAUACUACACAGCCAUCCCAAAAUCCUACCCAUACCAUCCCCAGAAGUCUGCCUCUCAUCAUUCCAUAAACACCUGAUGGCAGAGGCAAGCAAAGGCAAGCAAGGACAAGGCCAUCCUGGUCUCUCUAAUGGGGGGAUUCCAGCAUUUGGGAGCAGCCACUGGAAAGGCCCUCUCCCUUGUUCCUACCAAAUGAGUUUGAGAGGGUAGUAGGAUAGAGAAAAGACUCUCUCCAGAAGAUCUUGCUGUCCUAAUAGGCUCUUAAAUAGAGAUAUGGUCAUUCAAAUUACCUGGACUCAAGCUGUAUAGGGCUUUUAUUUAUUUAUUUACAGUAUUUAUAUUCCGCCCUUCUCACCCCAAAGGGGACUCAGGGCGGAUCACAUUGCACACAUAUAAGGCAAACAUUCAAUGCCAUAACAUAGAACAGAGACAUAGACAGACGCAGGCAUGGGCUGGCCUCGAACUCAUGACCUCUUGGUCAGAGUGAUUUGUUGCAGCUGUCUGCUAACCAGCCUGCGCCACCACAAGGUUGACUCUCGCCCUUAAAUUUCCAAUUUCCUGGAGUCUGAGCCAACAUGAGCCAUACACCUAAGUCUUAAACCAGCAGGGGUUUUGAUUAUUGGAUGUAAUUUAUGUUGUAAUUGUAAGUUUAUGUUUAAUAUUGUUAGUCUACAUAUUUUGUUACAAUUACACUUGAAAUUGAAUGUAACAUUCGAAAUCUUCUCAUAACUGAAGAAACGUGCUUACAUUGUUUUAAGGCACCAGGUUCAGUAUGACCUUGGACGUUAAGCAAGAUCAGCCCUAGUUAGUUGGAUAGGGGACCACCAAGGUGUUGUGGGAUACAUUUCAGAAGAAAGCACUAGCAAAACCAUUUCUGGGCAUUCCUUGCCUAAGAAAAAAUUCUAUGCAAUUCAUGGGAUGGCCAUAUGUCAACAGGUGCUUCUUUUUAUUCCUUUGUAACACUGCUUUUGUAUUUUCAUGUAAUACUAAGGCAUUAAAAUAAAAUAAUGAGGAAAGGAA